UACCAUGUUGGAACUCCGAGUUCUAAUUUAUUUUAUAAUACUGACUGCAGGAAAUAAUACAGCAGCACAAUCAGUUCCAGAUCUAUGUAUCGAGAGAAACUGUUUCCUUCCAGGAAUUGCAUUGUCUGGCUCGGAAACGAUAGACUUUGCUACUGCUGAAUUAGUGAAAUCAGCUGGUGAAUGUAGCUGCUUUUGCGAACAAAAAAGCAACAUUUUUGAAUACUACGAGGCUUGGGAGUACUGCUCUUGCAAAAAAGUCACAUUCGAUGAACAUCUCGAAUACAAACUCGUGGAUAAUAUUUUAACUGGAGUUUUUGACUGUAAUCAAAGAGAUUUAAGUUCCUAUUUGCAAGAUUGCCCGAACAUUAAAUACGAGUACUGUGCACGCGGCGUCCUGGGGCUGGAAGCAACUAAAAAAGGAACAACAAUACUAAAAAUGAGUGGGAUUAACUCCUUUAAGUUAUGUGGAUGCCAGUGCUCACGAUACAGAGAUUGUGACAGCUUCUUCUGGAUAUUAUCUAAUUCCUGUUUUCUUCUCAAGAAUUCAGAUCAUAUUGAAUCUGUUGCCUUAGGGUACUCAGGUUGUCUACCAACUACAUCUACAACAACUACUACUACAACUACAGCAAUAUCACCAAAUACAACAGCUACGUCUAAAAAUACAACAAUCACAUCCGAAAAUAUAACAAUUUCAUCUGAAAAUACAACGGCUACAUUUGAAAAUACAACGGCUACAUUUGAAAAUACAACAGCUACAUUUGAAAACACAACAUCUAGAUUUGAAAAUACAACGGCUACAUUUGAAAAUUCAACAGCUACAUUUGAAAAUACAACAACUACAUUUGAAAAUACAACAGCUAUAUUUGAAAAUACAACAGCUACGUUUGAAAAUACAACAGCUACGUUUGAAAAUACGACAGCUACAUUUGAAAAUACAACAGCUACAUCUGAAAAUACAACAGCUACAUUUGAAAAUACAACAGCUACAUUAGAAAAUACAACAGCUACAUUUGAAAAUACAACAAUUAUAUCUGAAAAUACAACAGCUAAAUAUGAAAAUACAACAGCUAAAUAUGAAAAUACCACAAUCUCAUCUGAAAAUACAACUGCUAAUUUUGAAAAUACAAUAGCUACAUAUGAGAAUACAACAGCUACAUAUGAAAAUACAACAGCUACAUUUGAAAAUACAAAUUAUAUCUGAGAAUACAACAGCUACAUAUGAAAAUACAACAGCUACAUUUGAGAAUACAACAGCUACAUAUGAAAAUACAACAGCUACAUUUGAAAAUACAACAAUUAAAUCUGAAAAUACAACAGCUACAUAUGAAAAUACAACAGCUAAAUAUGAAAAUACCACAAUCUCAACUGAAAAUACAACUGCUAUUUCUGAAAAUACAACAGCUACUUAUGAAAAUACAACAGCUACAUUUGAAAAUACAACAAUUAUAUCUGAAAAUACAAUAGAUACAUCUGAAAAUACAACAGCUAAUUCUGAAAAUACAACAGCUAAUUCUGAAAAUACAACAGCUUUAUUUGAAAAUACAACAGCUACAUUUGAAAAUACAACAGCUUUAUUUGAAAAUACAACAGCUUUAUUUGAAAAUACAACAGCUACAUUUGAAAAUGCAACAGCUACAUUUGAAAAUACAACAACAAUAUUUGAAAAUACAACAGCUACAUAUGAAAAUACAACAGCUUCGUUUGAAAAUACCACAAUCUCAUCUGAAAAUACAACAGCUACAUAUGAAAAUACAACAGCUUCGUUUGAAAAUACCACAAUCUCAUCUGAAAAUACAACAGCUACAUAUGAAAAUACAACAGCUUCGUUUGAAAAUACCACAAUCUCAUCUGAAAAUACAACAGCUAAUUCUGAAAAUACAACAGCUACAUAUGAGAAUACAACAGCUACAUUUGAAAAUACAACAAUUAUAUCUGUAAAUACAACAGAUACAUCUGAAAAUACAACAUCUAAAUAUGAAAAUACAACAGCUACAUUUGAAAAUACAACAGUUAUAUCUGGAAAUACAACAGCUAUAUCUGAAAAUACAACAGCUACAUAUGAAAAUACAACAGCUAAAUAUGAAAAUACAACAGCUAUAUCUGAAAAUACAACAUCUAAAUAUGAAAAUACAACAUCUACAUUUGAAAACACAACAGCUAUAUCUGGAAAUACAACAGAUACAUCUGAAAAUACAACAGCUGAAUAUGAAAAUACAACAGCUAAAUAUGAAAAUACAACAGCUAUAUUUGAAAAUACAACAACUAUUUCUACAAAUAUAACAACUAGUAACACAACAAUGGCGAGUACAACUAAGACGACAACAAAUACAACUGCAUCUACAACAACAACCAAUACAAAUGCUAUAAAAACUUCAACUUCUAAUUCUGCAACAAAAACUUCAACCACCACAACGUCAUCCACUACAACUACCACAACUGCAAGAUAUGGAAGAAUAUGUAAGUAUUUUUCUCAUUUUUUUAUUUGUUCAAUUUUUGAUAUUUUAUGUAUUAUCUGUAAUACAUAUUAAAUGUCCAUGAAUUGAAUAUGCCUGAUCUGAUACGACAGAAAAAAAUCGGAAUAUAAGUUUUGUUAUAUUCUUUUGAACAGUUGAACCAUAAAUAUUAAAAACAUAGAAAGAAUUUAUGAAAUGUCGUAUUCUUCACUUUCUGAUAAUGGAAGGCUGUAGAUAUUUAGUUUUUUAACUAAAUGAUUCUUUGGAGCUCUAUAAAACUGUUUCCGCAUAUUCAUGGCUAUUUAUUUAUUUUCGCAAUAAAUGAGAUUUACGUAAAUUAGUACAAAACCCAGUGAAAAAU